CAUUACCAAACCAGCCCUCGCUCUCUCACCCACAAAAGUCACAGACUUCAACUGAAACUCGAUGGCGCUCUCUCUCUCCUCCUCUCGGUCGUCCCAGUGGCGGUUGAUCUUCGUAAUCUCCGCCGUGCUGUCUACUACAGUAGCAGCAGCUUUCCAAUCCGAUGAGCUCUUGAUGGACGACGAGGAGUUCGGUCUAGAAGGAGGGCUGCACACUAAGUCUCCUGAUCUCACAUACACCAAAUCCACGCCUACGCCAGCAUCACCAACUACGUCGCCGACCCGGAAGAGGUUUUCGGAUCCGGAUUCGGACUCAAAGAUCCAGUUUCAGCUUCAUCACGCCUUUGGAGACUCUGAUUUCUCGCCGGCUGGUACCUUCAGUGCUCGCUUAAAGACGUGGAAUCACGGUGGUCAGACUCUCACAAAGCUACGAUUUUCGAGGAAUGCCUUUACCGAAGAGGAGAAGGAGAAAUUUGCACUGCUACUGAAGGGAGAUGACUUCUAUAGGAUAAGAUUGCCAUCCAGCGUCUUGAAUCCUCCUGGGAGGGAUUAUGUCAUUUCGUCAGUAAAAGCGAGAUGUCUUCCACGAGAGGGUUUGGAUGAGCAUUUUGUUAUACACACGGAUGAAAUUAACAUCUUGGCAGUUAAUUAUGGUUCUCCUGGGGCAUGUCCAUAUCCUCGGCAAAUGAAACUUCCUGGAAAAUGGUCCUUUAACUCUCACACGGUUUUGAAGAAUAGUGAGCAGGCACCAAGAGCUCCAGUGUUCGCUGAGGAGAUUCUGCGGGUUGGGGGUGAGGUAGGAGAAGGUGAAAUUGUACCACCACCAGAAAGGUCGUUUUGGGCUAAAUAUUGGAUGUACCUGAUCCCUCUUGGGCUCAUUGUCAUGAAUGCGAUUACUCAAGCAAUGAACAUGGCGGAGGAGGGUGCUGGUCAUCCAGCAGGCCAAGCUCAGCAGCCGGCUGCAGUGCAGCGUGGGUCAAGUUCCGCUGUGCGGAGAAGAUAGUCAGUUUGCUCAUUUCUGUUUAACAAUGUGGGGGCACCUUAAGUGAAUGACAUUUUAGGUUCGACCUUUUGAUUGUAUUAAUCCCAUGGGGACCAACACGAGGUCGUAAAUUUUUAGUAGGUUUGUUAUAAUUUGCAAUAGAUAUUGGAAGGUUGAAUUGGUGGAGAUUUCGGGAUUAGAAUAGUAGAGAAUUGUGCAGGUAUUUUCAUAACUUAUUGUGUUUAUUGACACUUGAUAGAAAGUAAAGAAAUAACUGUCACAAUGAUACUGCAAGCUAUUAACUGUAA